AUGGACUACAUCUUAGCUGCAGCAGCAAGUAACCCUGCGGCUGAAGUGACUAAAUCUACAUCCAUGAAGUACAUUAUGGAGCAUGUUCUUCGUAACUCAACGACGGAAGCAGAUAACUUAACAGCGGAAACCCCAACUCCGUACUGCUAUGUCUGUGAUAAGCGGUCCAACUUCCUCAGGAAUCUCUUUCUUCGAGAACAGUACACUAUGAACUACAUGCAUUGUCUUGAGACUGUGGUCGCCAAUCACAAGACUGAAAUGUCGGAGAUCCAUCAACAACGGCAAGAUGAGGAGGAAGCACUACAGUCAAUGGAGAAACGGUUCAACGACGUUAAGAAGCAAAGGGAUUGUAUCGCUGCAGUGUCAAGUCGCCUAGGCAGCAUGUUCGAUGACCUUAUGAAGGCCGAAGGCAACGGUGAUAUUGACAAGGCAUUCACAGACACUUUUGGCAUCAGUGAUCUCGUGGGUGAGAAUGAGCAAAGACGUGUCAGGGUUCGAGAGCUCGAGGCGGCCCUAAUAGAGAAGGAGCUUGAGCUGGAUUACUAUAGAAAAGAGCAAGAGCCAACUUCAGGCAAGUGGCACUUUAAUUUAUAG